GCUGGGCGGAGCCCUUCGCUGCGCCUCCUCCGCUCCGUCUCUCCCCGGCUCCCGGAGGCUCGGGCUGGGCUGGGCUUUGCACGCACCGAUCGGAGGCUCUCUGGGGAAGGAAGCAGCGGGGCGACGAUGCCGUACGAGAUCAAGAAAGUGUUCGCCAGCCUCCCCCAGGUGGAGAGGGGUGUCUCCAAGAUCCUCGGCGGCGACCCCAAGGGCAACAAUUUUCUCUACACCAAUGGAAAGUGCGUCAUCCUGAGGAACAUCGACAACCCGUCCGUGGCCGACAUCUACACGGAGCACGCCCACCAGGUGGUAGUGGCCAAGUACGCACCCAGCGGCUUCUACAUCGCCUCUGGAGAUGUCUCGGGGAAGCUGCGGAUCUGGGAUACCACGCAGAAGGAACACCUCCUGAAGUACGAGUACCAGCCCUUUGCCGGCAAGAUCAAGGACAUUGCGUGGACGGAAGACAGCAAGAGGAUUGCUGUGGUCGGAGAAGGCCGGGAGAAGUUUGGCGCUGUGUUUCUGUGGGACAGCGGCUCGUCUGUGGGUGAGAUCACGGGCCACAACAAGGUCAUCAACAGCGUAGACAUCAAGCAGAGCCGGCCCUACCGCCUAGCCACUGGCAGCGACGACAACUGUGCUGCCUUCUUCGAGGGGCCCCCGUUCAAGUUCAAGUUCACCAUUGGCGACCACAGCCGCUUUGUCAACUGUGUGCGGUUCUCACCCGACGGGAACAGAUUUGCCACAGCCAGUGCUGACGGCCAGAUCUUCAUCUAUGAUGGGAAGACAGGGGAGAAGGUGGGUGCGCUGGGUGGCAGCAAGGCCCACGACGGCGGCAUUUAUGCGGUGAGUUGGAGCCCCGAUAGCAACCAGCUGCUCUCAGCCUCUGGGGACAAGACGGCCAAGCUGUGGGACGUGGAGACUGCAGCAGCCGUGACCACCUUCACCCUGGGCUCCAAUGUCCUGGACCAGCAGCUGGGCUGCCUGUGGCAGAAGGACCAUCUGCUCAGCCUGUCCCUGUCCGGCUAUAUCAACUACCUGGACAAGAACAACCCUAGCAAGCCCCUACAGGUCAUCAAGGGUCACAGCAAGUCCAUCCAGUGUCUGACCGUGCACAGCAACGGAGGCAAGUCCUACAUCUACUCGGGGAGCCACGACGGCCACAUCAAUUACUGGGAUGCCGAGACUGGUGAGAACGAUGCCUUCACUGGGAAGGGGCACACGAAUCAGGUGUCCCGGAUGGCAGUGGACGAGUCGGGGCAGCUGGUCAGCUGCAGCAUGGACGAUACGGUUCGCUACACCAACCUGGAGCUUCGGGACUACAGCGGACAGGGGGUCGUGAAGCUGGAUGUGCAGCCCAAGUGUGUUGCUGUGGGGCCCGGAGGCUACACUGUGGUCGUGUGCAUCGGCCAGAUCGUUCUGCUCAAGGACCAGAAGAAGUGCUUCAGUGUUGACAACCUUGACUACGAGCCUGAAGUGGUGGCCGUGCACCCCGGUGGCGACACGGUGGCAGUCGGGGGCGCAGAUGGGAACGUCCGGCUCUACUCCAUCCUGGGCUCCACGCUCAAGGCGGAGGACAAGCUCCUAGAAGCCAAGGGCCCCGUCACCGACCUCGCCUACUCCCACGACGGAGCCUUCCUCGCUGUGUGUGAUGCCAGCAAAGUGGUCACGGUGUUCAGUGUGGCCGACGGCUACACGGAGAACAACGUCUUCUACGGGCACCAUGCCAAGAUCGUCUGCCUGGCCUGGUCCCCGGACAACGAGCAGCAGCUCAGCUCGUGUGGGAGCCAGCCCGCGUUCGUGCGGAACAUUCCAGAGGCAGCGCCUCCAGAGCACACCGUCCCGUGCCCCCCGUGGCUCCUGCCUCUGUCAAGGGAGGUUCCACCUUACUGCCCCCCAAGCCUCCUCGUGAGAAGCUUCCAGCCCCAGUGGCAGGAAGGGGAGCCCUUGGUGGCAGCCGGCACACGGGUGUGGGGCAGUGGGUUGCGCUCACACCAGCCUUGUUUCAUGAUCAGUGUCUGCGUGAUUUUCAGGGCGGAUUCGUGAGUUGUUUUAUUUUACUUCUCUUGUGUCCCCUAACUGUUGCCCUCAGUCUAGCAGGCGGAGCAGGGUGGGGGCAGCCCUGUUACCCCUCCCACCCUCCUGUGUGGGUGUUCUUGUGCGUUUUUUUAACCCCCCCCUCCUGCCCCAUAAGAGCAGAGAUUAAUUUAAAGGCAGAGAUGGAGUCGCUGUAAAGUACCUGUCGAUGUUUUCACUUUUCUUUUUCAGCGCAGAAAAUAAAAAGCAGCAAAAA